AUGAACCCUCCCUCGUCGCAUGACCACAGUCGCCGCAGGUCCUGGGGCAGUGGUGGCAGUCCUGCCUAUCCUGGUCAACAAGAUCAGUCCUCUGCCCCCCCGUUGGGUACUCGUCGGAUGCCUCCCCCGUCCCCACCGCAACAUUACCCGUCGCGAGGUCAAUCGGGAAAUCCAUCCUCUCUCUCCACUCCUUUCUUGUCGCGUGAGCCUCCCAACACCGCGGCUCAUCAUCGUCCAGGGAGCAGCAUGUCGAUAUCGUCCAUGCUAGGCUCGGACGCUGACCGACCCGCCCGGGAUGUAGGCCCCUCGUCCAUUUUCUCGCGUCUUCCCGUCUCCUCCAGUCCGUUCAGUAGCGCGCCCCCUCCGCCGCCAGCCCCGGGCGUGAUGUCUCCGCCCACUGCUCCCGCCAGGCCCUCACCGCUCGAAUACCCGCUCUUUCGUCGAUCCCAGACCCCCGAAAAGUCGUUUUCGAAGACCCAGCCUGGCCGACCCUAUCGUUCGAGUUCGGGAGGCGUGCCGACGACUUCGGUGGCAGAACAGUCGAAGUAUGGAGGGUUGUCCCGGCUCUCUACUGCCUCGCAGUAUACGAGCAAUUCCAGCUCGGCACAACCGUCGCCCCAGGUCUCUGCCGCAGAACCCGCAUACACCAGUAACGAGUCCCGUCGAUUGAGCUUCAGUGGCCCAGUUCCACGUCCCAAUAGCCAACCGCAGCACCUUGAACCUCCCCCCCGGCCCGCAGGCUACAGCCCACUCUCACGCCCGGCUGUCACAUCUGGCGAGAGCUCGUUUGCGGGUGGCCAUCAGCGCCAAUCUUCAUACCUGGGUCAUGACUCCCAGCACACUCGGUUUGGAGGCUUGUAUGGCGACCGCCACUCGGAGGAUCCAGGUCGUCGGGAAAGGGAGCGAGGUAUGUCACAUCAGCCAGAGCCCAAGGUGGUUCCCCCACCGUCUAGGUAUGGCUCACAUUACGGAGACCGGGACGCAACUGCGACUCGACAACAAAGCGCUUCAUCUGCUUGGGAUUUAGGUCGUUCGCAACCCGCAUCACCCGAGUCCAAACGCUUCUCAGCACCGGAAUCAAAUACCUCGGGCUUUGGUUUUGGUGCCAUUCAAAACUACACGAAAUCACUAGGAUCACAGCCAGGAGGCACUCGACAGACUCCCCUUUCGGUCCAAACGCAGCAAAACCAACGAACCUCUUCGCCUCAUGAACAGCCACCGUACCUGGACAAACGCCAGAGCGACCCCCGCAUUUACUCCUCAACUUCUUCUAGCGGUGGUCCAUCGUCACUGGCUCCCACUUCAUCAGAGGAUCCACGUCGCAAGGGGAGCGAUGAACUUUUACACCAUCGCAACCUUCUUGGGGUUGGCCUAGAUGCAAAACGCGGUGGACGCGCAUCACCACUCCCUCAAGCUGUGCAAGGCGCGCAGGCUCAGAUUCUUGGCCCAGGCGGCGAAUCUGGGAUCCAGAGUGAACUAGGUCGUGUCUUCGCCGGGAUCGGGAGUGGCGUCGGAGGUGUUACUGCUACUAGUACAGCCAGUGUCCCUUCAACCCCUAUGGCUGCAAGCCCGUUCAAACGGGACAGCGUUGCCCCUCGGUCCACCAACAGUGAGGCCGCGACGGAUGAAUCUAAGAUUGCGCGACCAACAUCAGCAACUGGUAAGCGGCCGAAGAGGUCACGCGAAGAAGAAACCCGCGCAGAGAGUGAGAGUGGUGUAGAUCUACGGGUAGGAUCCUCUACGCGUGGUGGUCGACGAAGCCGCCAUCUUCACCACCACCAUCAUCAUCAUCACCACCAUAAACCAGAAGAGGAACCCGCUUCUGUUGGCGGAUCUCGCCGUCCACUAUCAUCUUUCAAUAUGCUCCAUCGACCCGCAACAACUGAGGAAAUGCCUGCAGAUACUGCGCCUGCUCCUCCUCCUCCUCAUCACCACCACCAUCAUCACCAUCACCAUCACCAUCAUCACGCUCCUCGACCGGUAGGGAGUGCUGCUUCUCUUGCCCUAGUGCGUGAACCGCGAACCGUUGUAACUAUCGAACCAGUCUUGUCUAGCGUCGCCAACCAUCCUCGUCAUCAUCUUGGAUCGACCUUGUACGCUCCACGAAUUGGGGUGCCCACUACCAAGGCGACCUUAGAGAGUGCGAGAUUCGGAUACACCACUACGCCGCUCCCACUGCCGCGAUUUGAAGGCAAGGAAAAUUGCACAUUCACCAUCCGUGUGCCACGAUUCCGUAUCGAUACCAGCCACCGCGAAGAAAUCUGCGCACGACGUGCUCUGUGGGGCACUGGCAUUUAUACAGAUGACUCUGAUCCAGUCGCAGCUGCCAUCCACUCGGGGUUCAUUCGCGGCGCUUGGGGUGAUGAUGUGGAUGUUGACAUGUUGGACUUGGAAAUUAAAGACACCUUCCAACAUGCUCCCAAGACUUCUCAGGAGAUGGGUCUCGAGGACGGAGAACGCCCCCGGAUCCCCCCGUCGCCUCCUUCCGAUAAGGACCUGCACAUUACUGUUCUUAUUCUUCCCCGGUUGGAACGGUAUGACUCGAGCGUACUGUUUGGCCUGAAGUCUCGACCCUGGGAAGGGUCGCAUGACGGCAUGAGCUUCAAAGUACUUCGGACUGAGUGGGUAGAUGAAGGAGUCGGUCGCGGGGAAGAGCGUAACGGGGAAGCCCGACGGAAACGGCUGCGCAAUUUGAUGCAUACCGGGCGGAUCAGCACGGGACCGGGGGUGAUCAAACUGGAGCACCUCCGCAGUGGCAUCGUGCAGGUUCCCCGACGCAAGACCAAGGUAAUAGACGGUCAAGAACAGCCCGCCUCGGCGCCUGUACAGACAGUGUCGUGA